AUGUUACCAUGGACACACCACACGCAGACCCUGUACAGGACCCAACCAAGAAUCGAGACACACCACAUCAGACCCUGUAUCACAGGAGGCACACCACAGACCAACCCUGUACCACAGGACACACCACACCAGCACCCACUGCAAUACCAGGACACACCAGACCCUUACCAGGAACACACCGAGACGCCUGUACCAGGACAGCAUCCAGACCCAUGUAACCAGGACACACCAGACCCUGUACCAGGACACCACCAGACCCCUGUACCGAGACACACCAGACCCUGUACCAGGACACACCAUUACCCUGUACCAGGACACACCAGACCCUGUACCAGGACACACCAGACCCCUGUACCGGGACACACCACACCCUGCUACCAGGACACAACAGACCCUGAUUACCAGGCCACACCAGACCCUGUACCAGGACACACCAGGACCCUGUACCGGGACACACCAGACCCUGUACCAGGACACACCAGACCCAUUGUACCGGGACACACCUGA